AUGCCCAGCGUGGGCCUCCUGGCCUGUCCUAUAGGAGGGACCAGUGCUGGACACAUCCUGCAGCGCUGGGUGCUGCAUUUGCUGGGGCCAAAGACAGAAGCUGACCUGGAAAAGAAGCCGAAGGUGAGGAGGAGGAGAAGGGAGAGGCUGAGAACCGGGACGGUGUCAGGUGAGGUGGGCACAGAGACACGGUCCCUGCUGGAGCAGCUGCGGGGAGAAGCCCUCAAAUUCCACAAGCCGGGAGAGAACUACAAGACGGAGGGUUAUGUGGUGACCCCCAACACCAUGGCUCUGCUGAAGCAGCACUUGGCAAUCACGGGGGGGCAGGUGCGGACACGGUUCCCUCCUGAGCCCAACGGGAUUCUGCACAUUGGCCAUGCCAAAGCCAUCAACUUCAACUUUGGCUAUGCCAAGGCCAACGGUGGUGUGUGCUUCCUGCGCUACGAUGACACCAACCCCGAGAAGGAGGAGGAGAAGUACUUCACCGCCAUCCGGGACAUGGUGGAGUGGCUGGGCUACCAGCCCUAUGCAGUGACCCACGCGUCAGAUUACUUUGACCAGCUCUACGCUUGGGCCCUGGAGCUCAUCCGCAGGUUUUUUUCGGUCAACGAGAGCAAGUGCCGCAUCCCCCCACCCUCGCCAUGGCGGUACCGGCCGGUGGAGGAGUCGCUCCUGCUCUUCGAGGACAUGCGGAAGGGCAAGUUUGGGGAAGGAGAGGCCACGCUGCGCAUGAAGCUGGUGAUGGAGGACGGGAAGAUGGACCCUGUUGCGUACCGUGUCAAGUUUACUCCACACCACCGCACCGGGGACAAGUGGUGCAUCUACCCCACGUACGACUACACACACUGCCUCUGCGACUCCAUCGAGCACAUCACGCACUCCCUCUGCACCAAGGAGUUCCAGGCCAGGCGCUCCUCCUACUUCUGGCUGUGCAAUGCUCUGGAUGUCUACUGCCCUGUGCAGUGGGAGUACGGGCGCCUGAACCUGCUCUACACUGUCGUAUCCAAGAGGAAAAUCAUCCGGCUGGUGGAGACAGGUGCUGUGAG